GAAAUACAGCGCAACAAUGGUUGAAGAAACCAGAACAAGCGGCGAGAGCAAAGGAGAAAACGACAGUAAAGAAGAAAUGAUGGACAAAGAAGAAGAAGAUGACGAGAAUGAAGAAACAAGCAAUGAGAGCGAACGAGAAAAUGAUACGAUAGACAAAGAAGAUGGAGAGGACGAAGAACAAGGCGAUACAGCAGACAGUGGUGUGGAACAAAGAAAAGGAAACGAGGUGCGAUAAAUAAGAAAUAGGAAGACAAGCGUUCACUUUCUCUAAACAGAUAUUAUUUUAGGAAUUAUUGAUCCUGAAUCUUUCAAUAGUUCUUUUUUUCACUGAUUUCAGAAAUUGACGGGUAUUGAAUUGUUUGUGGACAUGUAUAAAAAGGUGAUGAAAACAAUAUGUUAUUUUAACUACAGUAAGUCACUAAGACAUUGUGAACAGGCAGUCAAUAAAAACAGUUAACAGGGAACGCCUAACAGGUAACGCAUGCAUUAAUUUAUCUUAGAUGUCUAUAAAAAUCUUCUUGUUUAGAAUGAAAUUGGUUGCAUCAUUAGUACAAUUAACGAAGAAAAAUGCUGGGACAAGUUUAUUGAAAUCGCUUACGAGUUGUUGCGAACGGUCAAAAGACAUGAACAACCUGCAACUCACGCAUUAAGGUAUAUUAUUUACAUUCUUAUUUAAAUGUAUUAUACCAACAGGAUAUGGGAAAUCGAUAUUUAUAACACAUCCAAUCACUGAUAAAUUUUUGUUAACUCGUUAGAUAUAAAUUAAAUUACUUUCUAUAGAUCACGUGACUUGGAAGCGAUGGGAUUACCACUCGAUUAUGUGGCGAGUCGAGAAGGAAAUUUAUUCGAAGCACUCAGCACCGAUCCAGAUAGAUUGGCACUAGAUGCGUUUCUUUACGGUAUUGCACACCAGUGUCAUUUGGCGUCUGAGGUUAGAAAUGUUUUAUAUAUCAUAUGAUCUCACUCACAAACUACUUAUUGCAAUAGCCUUGUAUAAUUAUUUUAAUCCAAUGGAUUAUUACAGCGCUCAAGACAAACAAACACAACGGUAUCAGGGGAAGAUAUUAUGAAAGACCUGAAAAACUUCAACACUGAAGGUAAUGAUGCUCUUCGUAGAGGAAUAUGUAAGAAACUGUAUGUUUGAAAGUGACUCUCGUGGAGAGUAGUUGCGAAGUGUAGGUUAUCCAACUAAGAAAACAAUUUCUUCCACGUUUUGAGCGAAGGCCAUUUGUUCACUAACUUCUUCACAAAGAGCCUUCGCUCAAACGUCGAACAAACUGUUUUCCUAUUUUUCAGGUAGCUGAACUAGCUAUUCUCACGUCGCUACCUACACGAGCAUCCCCCGCGAAAGACUUUCUUGAAGAGUCACUUUCAAACACACAGUAGAAUUUUUUUUGGUGAGAUUAAAUCCUGAAACUAUGCGUUUCCAGUUUUACACUUUUUCAUUCUCUAGACUUUUACCUGACAGAUACACACUUUAUGUGUGUUGCAGGAGCACUUCGUGCCUCUUUGGAGGUUUGGCGUCCGAAGCACGAGGUGUUUCAAAUCUAUUCGCCUUGUAUCUGUCAGGUGAUGGAGGGAAUUGGUAGUGUUGUCCAUACGGUUGGCCAAACGAUUAAGGACGACUCGGUGUACGUUUUGUUGGAGACCAGAAUGGAGAAACGGCCAACACGUCACCAUGCAAAAAGAAAGCAAAGCUACAGGUGCGUAUGAAUGAUAAAUAGCUAUUUCAAUGAAGAUUGUCAGUGACAAUCUUCAAAUCUACAAUAUGAGCACGAAAUGAAUAUGGGAAUAAACAUAGUUUGUAAUAUGUUUAACUGUUUAACGCUUCGGUGUAGCCUCGUGGGACAUACAACAUUGAUUAAAAUAGCUUAAUGGAAAUAGCUUAAUUGAAAUAGCUAAUAUGAUACUAAUUUUACUAUACAGUAUAUUAUUUUGUAUUCAUCUUGUAAUCUCACAAGACUGAUAUUUUAUAACAUAUUGUAUAGUACAUUUGACUAUUGUUGCUGACAACCUUAAUUAAAAUAGCUGGAUAUCAUCUAUCGUACGUAGUAUACCUACAUCAGUAACAGUUAAUAUUCAGUGCCUUGUGAGUUGUGAUGUGUAUAAACAUAAAACAUGGCAUUUCUGUUUUUAGGAGGACGUGGAAUGGAGAGAACGAGAGGUAUCAUGCAAGGAUUACUUCAAUCUCACUAUUUUAUCUUAAGAUAUUCUUACAGAAGCAGUGCCACUCGCUGCAUGUUCAUCCGGUUUUCGGCAUAAAAUUCUUUAUUAUGUAUAGAGUUUAUGUGCUGUAGCUAGGAUGAAAUAAAAAUUGUAUUUCACGACGAAACGAAGCGUAAAAGCGUUAUUAGCUAUACGGUUUUGGUCACGAGUGACAAAUGAUCGUAUCGGCAUUCUGCUCUCAAAUUGUACGAAGUAUAUAUUAAAAAUGUAGAUAAGCUUCAUAUAUUUACAAUUCAUCAAAACAUAAAAACGUUCACCCAACGUUUUCAAGUUAAUCCAUGCGCAUAUAACAUGAUGCGCGUCGGGUGGUACUGCUUAUUUAGGAACGCAUCAUUUUUGAAAACUUAUUUAUUUUCUAUCUCUCGGUUUAAUAGAGUUGGUUGCUUCGACGGCAUCUUUGUGUAUCGAAAAGAUCUAGAGACACUAAAUAGUCGUCGUUGGUUAUGUGAUACCAUUAUUAACGUCUUGUUAAGGUGAUUGAAAAAAUAAAUAAAUGACUGUCUUCAACCUAUCCAAUUUUUCCAUAAACACCUGUAUAAUCUUUAAGUCAGGAUCCUAAACAAUUAUUUUGUAAUAAUUAUAUCUCUAAUAUUUAUUAUACAGGUAUUACUGCAAAUUGGCGGAAAGGAAGGGGGGAAAGCUGCUGAACUUCGCCUUCACAAGCUACUUUCAGCAGAGACUAUUAAUAAAGGGAGCUCUGUAAGUGUAUCUUUAAUUUUGAUAUAUUUUCAUUGCGGUUUACUGUUGCAUCUUCUUCAAUGACAACGGCCAACGAAAAAUAAGUAUGUACUUGAAAAGGAUUUGCAGUGCAGAAAGACACUGUGAUAUUAUAUGCAAACGAAAAGCACAAUUGCAAGAACACCUUCACCAAACUAAAUUACUAUAAGCAUGAACUGAUUCUUAUUUACAACAUUUAGGAGCAAUCGACCUCUUGAUCUCUCUGGAUGCAACAUUGGUGCAGUGAAAGCGUUUACACCACCAAACAUGCACAAACUUAAAUACGUCCUCGUGGCAAUAUGUGAUAUGUAAGGAUAAAUAUUGCUCAUUUUUAAUUGAAAUUGUUCUCAUAAUCAAAAUACUAAACCGUAUUCGAAUGACAUUUACAUUUAUGCACAGUAUGCUACUUAAUUUAUGACGUCAUACGUGCUACAUCAAGAGUACAACUUUUGAAUUUUUACCAGGGUACACUGGUGGCUUAUCGUUUAUGAGAUUGCAAGUGGCAAUCUCAACGUCUUAUGUAGCUUGGGUGGGCGAAACGAAAUCGUCGCUUUGAACAUACUAAGGUAAAAACACUUAUCUCCCAUUUUAGUUUCUAUUUAUACAGGUAUAUUAUUGUGUACUGACAAUAAGUGUAAAUUUAUUAUAAAGCCAGACCAUGUCAUCAUAUUUUUUCAACGACCAUGCAAUGUCCAUGAUUUGUGGAUUCUUUUCUCUCAAUAUUUUAGAUAUUUUAAGCAUGUGAGAGAAGAACAACUAUGGCCGGAAGAGAUCCCUCCAAUUUCAGCGCCAAUAUACGCAAAUGUAUGUUAAAAAUCAUAUAAACCGGUGUCGGUGACGAUAUGUUUAAUUUUGUGUGUCUUAACUCUUAAGUAUUUUGAAACAUGACUAAAAAAUUGUUUCCAAUCACAGGUCGCACGACAAACGAAUGGGAAUGACUGUGGUGUUUUUGUUUGCGAAUUUGGAAGAAGAAUUACGGAGGGGGUAAUGAUAAUAACAUCAUUUCGAACAAUAAUUAUUCAUGUUAUAGAUAUCGAUGUUCUGCAUAUAGUUUUGGCUUAGAUACAUCAGUAUAGCUACUUUUCUAUGGCAUCUUAUGCACCUAUUGGUAAUAGUAUAGUAUACUAGUAUAGUAUUUAUUAAGUUUUUAUUUAUUAAGUUUUCCCUAUGUACAAUUUUUAUAUAUAAAGAGAUAAUUGAUUUCUUUUUUUGGUAAUGUUUGGGCUAGUAUAUAUAGUAUUAGUAUAUAGUAUUAGUAUAUAGUAUAGUAUGUAAUAUAUGAACAACGAGAGCGAGUGUUUCACCGGGAUAUCCAAACACGAGAAAACAAUGUAUGAAAACACGAGCGCGAAGCGCGAGUGUUUUCAUACAUUGUUUUCGAGUGUUUGGAUAUCCCGGUGAGACACAAGCUCGAGUUGUUUAUAUGGCUUCUUAAAUGAAUUGAGACGUAACAGAAUGUUUUCGUUUGCUGAUUUGAAUAGAAUUCUUAACCAAGCAUAACGUAAUUAGGAAUUCGAUGCAAGUAAUUUUGCAUGCGUAAUUAAGAUAUUUGAUGAAAACACUAGUGACUUUCAUCAAUUAUCCAAAUGGCAUCUUGUGAUCAAAUAGGUGAUUAUCACUGGCUGAAUUGCUCAUGAAUUAUUAAUGAAUUUGAGAAAGUAUAGUAUAGUAUAGUAUAGUAUAGUAUAGUAUAGUAUAGUAUAGUAUAGUAUAGUAUAGUAUAGUAUAGCAAUACUAAUUAGGAUGAAACAUUAGACAUUAUAUAAUUAUACUAAUUAGGAUGAUCAAUUAUAUAAUGCCACAUGCUUUAUCAGAUAUAAAGUCACUCCACGUGACAUAUUACUGCUGACAUGAUUUGCCACCACGUUUAUGAGUAUUUUAAGUAUAGUAUAGUGCAAUUAUAUUCCAAAAUGCUUUAAAAUCAGGUUAAAAUGUUAAAUUAAAUAAUAUGUUUACUAUUUAUGCCAUCUCUUUUGCAGGGUGAAAUUGGUCCUGCGUUGGUCGAAGGUAGGAGCGUGGAGAGAAGAAGACAGGAACUUAAAAAAACUAAUUAAAUCUUUUGGAAAUCCUUUGGUCUAACUUGGACUUUAUAUGGGGAAUAUACAGUAUGCAUGCAUGAGGGUCAGAAUGGAGUUAAAAGUAUAAUGGAGUUAAAUAGUUUUUAACUGACAAACCUUUUUUCACUGGUAGCUUGCAUUGAGUGAUAUCUGAGUAGACGAUAAAACUGCAGUUUGGGACAGAUGUUUACAGUGACUGCUGGCGUUUUAGCUGGCAACUGACAUUCACCUUCUCCUAAGCAAUCUUCCAUUUCCUCAAUUACGUAGGCCCAGUUACACGAUUCGAUGGAUUGUAAACAUUAUUUUACAGUCAAUUCACGCAUGACAAUACGUAUCGGAAUAACAUAAAAUUUUACCGUUUCAAGGCAAAUUAGCACCUAAAGUUAUGAUAAUAUAACAUAGACUUCAAAUAUGAAAACAUGUAAGAGCAGCGAAU